GUCCUUUGUGCUCCGCCCGUGGACUAUCACGUGGUGUCUUAACACAAAGGGGACGCCGUGUAGCUUAUUGGUCAUUCUGUUGAUAUUUUGCCCCGCCCCAUAUAUAGCUUUAUCCAAUCAAAACAUUAGAUUUUCUUCCCGCCAUUUCCCGCUUCUCCAAAGUCACAUGGUCCCAAAAAGUUGAGAGACUUCAUUCGUUACCAUUACAACGGAGAUAUCACAUUCAGUGUCUAUCGUGUGUUCGAUUGGUUUCUACCCAGCAUUCAUCAAACGUGUAUCUGUACGUGCCAGAUUCCUCCUUGUUCAUAUAGAAGAAUGGCGGACUCGUGCUCUGUUCCUGGAACUGCCCAGACUAGCGACUCAGGGGCUCGCCACAUCCAAGAGGAGGAGUUGCGCGCUGAUGAAAAGACGCAAGUUCUCAAAAGACUAACUGAACUCGAGGAGCGUUAUAGCGCUAACCUUGCAGAGAUGGUGAAGUUGGCAGGGGAGCUGAAGCGACUUAGAGAGGAGACAAGAGCUUAUCAGCGCAAUCGUAAUGAAGAACAACCCAAAGUUCAAGAGGAGGAGUUACUUGCAGAAGACAAAGUGUUGGUCAUUGAUGAAGAGAGAGGCCUACUGAUGGAGAAGCUUUCAGAACUAGAAGUGAGGUAUACUGCCUACAACGACGGGGUUGUGCUGCUGAGAGAGGAACUGAACCGAGUUCGGGAGGAGAGUGCUCGUUUUGUUGAAGAAUCUGACUCUGACAUUGAGUACAUGGACUUUGACAGCUCGGAUGAGGAAUCUUCAGACUGGGAAGACGCAGAAUUAGGCUGCUGUGCCGGCCCUAUCACCAAUCACGGAAGAAUCUAAAACAAAAUAAACAUUUUGAAUGUAUUUCAAAGUUUGUUUAUGAUGAUGAUUUUUAUCAUAAACAGAAGUUAGUAGACGUUUUUGAGCUUAUUGAGAAUUCUCUAUUCUUUAUAGUUUGCACUCAAAUGGGAUAGCCAUUAGAAUUUUAAAUUUAGUGUACAUUUACUUCUCUUUGCAGCUAUAAUUUAUAAUCCCGUAUCUUUGAACAGUGUUAACAACAUGCUUUAUUAACUUUACUUCGGAUUGAACAAAAAGACAUGCGGAUCUAGUGCUUUUUAGAGUUGAAUACU